GUGAUGGUGAUAGAGACAUGUGUGAGAGGUGGGGUAAUGGAGGGGUGUGUGAGAAGUAGUGAUGGUGUUUGGAAGAUGACUUCGGGAGGUGAUGGUGGCAGAGACAUGUAGGGAAGGUGUAUAGUUUAGUUCAAUUAUUAUACACCCCAUACCCAUCUUGUGGGCGGUAGUGGAAAGUGUUACACACAUAAUGGACUCGGGGACUCAACCCCCACAAUUCAUUUAGCUACGCAAGUUACAAUCUUGAUGAGUUAGUUACAAAAUUCAGUAUAAGUCGUCACAUCAUCAUCAGGGGAGGUGGAGGCGUGUGGCAGCGGUGAAGGGCCUCGGGGUGGGUUCAACACGCCACCAUUCAGUACCCGGCCAUCACUGCCGGAGUGAGUGUAUCGAAGGCAGCUCCUGAUUUUAUAAUUAACUGGACGUAAACCCCUUCAAGCAGGAAGAUAAUGCUGUCAGUAAGGCCUUCCACACUGAGCGUUACAGGGCGAAUGGUACACGCGAAGACCAUGCCGGUUACCAACAGAGAAUCACCCGCUACCCGACUGCUAGAAGUCCCAGGACCCAAGUGCUACCCUGUUCUUGGGUCUCUUAUGGACAUGCUCACAGAUAAAGACUUUGACAAGGAAAAUUCAUUUCGUUAUAUCAUGAAACUCUUCAAAAUACAUGGACCAAUCGUAAAGGUAAAAUAUCCUGGCCAGCCAACAGCGGUGUUAAUUAAAAAACCUGAAGAUGCUGAGGAAAUUCUACAACUGACAAAGAGUAAUCCUGUGAGAAUUUCAAUGGAGUCCCUGAAGGCUGCUAGAUAUGUUAAUCCAUAUUUUGAAAACAAAUCUGGUAUAGUAACAGAAAAUGGUGAGGAAUGGUGGCGAGUACGAAGCAGAGUCCAAGCACCUGUUAUGAAGCCAAAGAAUGUGCUUAAUUACCUUAAAGAUAUGGAUCAGGUGACACUGGACUUUUUAGACAGGAUAUCUAAACUGAGAAACAGUGAAGGGCAAGUUACUGUAGAUUUUCAAGAAGAAUUAAGCAAAUGGUCUUUAGAGAGUAUAUGUCUUGUUGCUUUGAAUCAGCGAGUUGGAUGCUUUAACCCCAAUCUCUCUCCUGGUUCACAGCCGGAAGUGAUCAUUAAGGCUGCUCUGGAUUUCAUGAAUGCUAUCAAGGAAAGUGAAACUGGUUCUAAAUUAUGGAAGAUUUAUCCUACAAAAAUAUUUAAGCAACUUCAAGAUUCCAUGCAGAUAUUAACAGAAACUUGUGAUGAUGUUGCUCAAAAGAUGGAAAGGGAAAUACAAGAAAAAAGUUCUGACAGUCAAGACUGUCACCUAAACAUGGUCGAGCAGCUUAUACGUGAGCCUGGUCUUUCCCACAAAGAUGUUGUCACAUUUAUGAUGGAUCUCAUUCCUGGUGGCACACAGACAACAGCUGAUAAUGCUGCUGUGCUUCUCUAUCUUAUGGCCAAACACCCAGAAUCUCAAGCCAGAUUACAAGAAGAGCUAGACCAUGUACUAGGAGAUGGCUCGGGAAAUAUCACUCCAAACCAGCUUGCACAGCUCACUUACACUAAAGCUGUUUUGAAGGAGAGCAAUAGACUAAUGCCACCGAUGUUUGGGCCUGUACGAAUCCUUCAAGAAGACACACAUUUCAGAGGUCAUAUUCUACAGAAAGGAUGGCUAGUGAUUUUAAUGAAUGCCCUCUCUGGCUGGGAUGAGGAAUAUUUUCCACGACACGAUGAAUUUCUACCUGAACGAUGGCUGCGGCAUCGACCCUUUGGAAAUAUACAUCCUUGCGCAUCUCUUCCCUUCUCACAUGGCAUUCGGAUGUGUGUGGGGCGUCGUCUUGCAGAACAAGAACUUCAUACCUUGGUAGCUAGGACUUUUCACCAGUAUAAUCUCGACUGGAAACAUGAUGACCUUGAACGAGCCUACAAGUAUGUAUUUUCUCCAAAAGGACCAAUGAAGUUUACAUUCAUCGAGCGAAAAUAAUGAUAGAGUGAGAAAAUUUAAUAGCAACUUAAUGCUUAAAGGUCUAUACUGUCCUCAGUAUUUUACUAUUUAUAAUACAGUAUUACAGUACUGUAUACUGUGUAUGUAUAUAUUUAAAUUUAUAUGCCUAACCUUUAUGUACAGGUAUUUAUUGUAUGGUACAGGAAGGUAGUCCCAGGUCAACCGUUGUUGACGGUCAUCUUGUCCCCAGGUCGCUGGGUGGAUGUGUACAGUUGUCAGUUCCUUGAUCUUAACCAUUAAUGACUUAUUGUCUGUAUCAAUUACCAUAAGGAAUUUUUUGUUUAAUUUCUGGCUUGCAUUAUUAACGUACUCUAUUAUUUAUUUCUUGAUUCACAUUCCAGUACAGUAUUGCAAUAUAAAUUCACAGUAUAUUCUCUUAAAUCUAAGCAGUCAAAGUUGCUGAAAUGAUUUGCUUGAAUUCUUUACGCUUAGGUAACCUCAGAUUCUCAAAAAUGUAAAAUUAAGACAAAAUGCUGAAUAUAUUACAACUUUACUUGGCAUUUUUUCUUUAGUAAUUGUGCCAAAGAUAGAAUAUAUUGAUAGCAGGUUGUCUUGAAUUAAUAGUAAAAAUUUAUACAAUGAUCCAUUUACAAGUACUAUAUCAUAAAGCAUUGUAUGUUAUUUUUCUUAAUCUCAUCCUCUUUUCAAACUUAGUAACUAUAUGUACUGUUAAAGUAGCUGCUGUUUAUAAAUGUCCCAUAUUUGUCAAUUAUUUUUAAAUCUUUCAACAAAUCAAUAAAGUUCCUAUAUCUCAUUUAAUUUUAAGCAUUUUAUAAUUACAUCUGUUUAUUUUCUCCUAAAUCCUUCUAAGUUUUGCCCUCCAUAAAAGCUAUACAUUUAUUAAAUGCCUUCAACAAUUUAUAUGUUAUCGUACUUCUUGUUUAGUAUUAAGUGUCAACCUCAUCAAAUCUUAACUAUAUUAUCUUAAUAUAGUUAAGAUUUGAUGAGAAUAACUUAUCUUAAGUUAUUCUCGAAAUGCACUGCAUAUUGGUGGCUUUAUGCACUGAACCUGUUAUACCUAUGUAUUUAUUUCCAUUCAUCAUGUGUAAAUUUUUUUGUAAAUAAUAAUAAUAAUAAUUACUA